AGGGCGGAGAGGACUUCCUUCCUCGUCAACAUGGCGGCUCCGUUGACGCUCCUUCUGCUUGUCGCCGUUACGGUCCGCGCCGCUCUGUACCGGUCCAGCUUGGCGGACCUGAUCUCGGAGCGCGUGGAGGUGGUGUCCCCGCUGACCGCCUGGAAGAGAGUUGUUGAAGGUUUGGCUUUGCUUGACUUGGGAGUCUCACCGUAUUCUGGAGAUGUUUUCCAUGAGACGCCUCUCAUCAUCUACCUCUUCCACUUCUUGGUGGACUACGCAGAGAUAACCUUCAUGCUGGCAGACGUGAUCACCGCUGUGGCUCUUUACCUGAGCGUGAAGGACUACAACAAACAGGUGGUGAGGACACACAAACUACAUGAGCUGUUGUCUGUUGUCUGUUGUCCUGUCGUCUGUUGUCUGUUGUCUGUUGUCCUGUUGUCUAUUGUCUGUCGUCUGUUGUAUGUUGUCCUGCUGUCUGUUGUCCUGUUGUCGGUUGUCGAUCGUCUGUCGUCUGUCGUCCUGUCGUCUGUCGUAUGUUGUCCUGCUGUCUGUUGUCCUGUUGUCGGUCGUCUGUCGUCCUGUUGUAUGUCGUCUGUUGUCCUGGUGUCUAUUGUCUGUUGUCUAUUGUCUGUCGUCCUAUUGUCUGUUGUCGUCUGUCGUCCUGUUAUAUGUCGUCCUGUUGUCCUGUCAAUCUGUCGUCCUGUUGUCUGUCGUCUGUUGUCCUGUUGUCUGUCGUCUGUUGUCCUGGUGUCUAUUGUCUGUUGUCCUAUUGUCUGUUGUCGUCUGUCGUCCUGUUGUCUGUUGUCCUGUCGUCUGUUGUCUGUCGUCUGUUGUCGUCUGUCAUCUAUUGUCUGUUGUCGUCCUGUCGUCUGUUGUCUGUCGUCCUAUUGUCUGUUGUCGUCUGUCGUCCUGUUGUCUGUCGUCCUGUUGUCUGCUGUCUGUCGUCCUGUUGCCUGUUGUCUGUCGUCCUGUUGUCUGCCGUCUGUUGUCUGCUGUCUGUCGUCCUGUUGUCUGCUGUCUGUUGUCCUGUUGUCUGCUGUCUGUUGUCUUGUUGUCUGCCGUCUGUUGUCUGUCGUCCUGUUGUCUGUCUGUUGUCGUCUGCUGUCUGUUGUCGUCUGUUGUCUGUUGUCGUCUGUUGUCCUGUCUCCACGCGUCCGUUCACGCCGUCGAUGCCGUUUCAGUUCCGGAAGCAGAAGUACGCGCUGGAGGCCGACCGCUACCCGCUGGACUGCCUGGAGCUCAUCAGGAGCCCCAAAGAGAUGCAGUACAUCCCCCUGAAGGUGGCCAUGUUCUACCUGUUGAACCCGUUCACCAUCCUGUCCUGCGUCGCCAAGUCGACCUGCGGCCUCAACAACGCCGUCAUCGCCCUCUUCGUCCUCUCGACCAUCAAAGGAAACGUGCUGCUGAGCGCCAUCUUCCUGUCUCUGGCCACGUACCAGUCCAUCUACCCGCUCACGCUGUGCGCCGCGGCGCUGCUCUACCUGCUGCAGCGUCAGUACAUCCCCGUGAACCUGCGGCGCUUCAGCUUCUGGUGGUUCGUGGCCCAGUACGCCUUCAUGUACCUGGGCAGCCUCUUCGUCAUCGUGGGCCUCUCCUUCUUCCUGCUCGGCUCGUGGGACUUCCUGCCGUCCGUCUACGGCUUCAUUCUCUCCGUCCCGGACCUGACCCCCAACAUCGGCCUCUUCUGGUACUUCUUCGCGGAGAUGUUCGAACACUUCCGCCUCUUCUUCCUCUGCGUCUUCCAGAUCAACGUCUUCUUCUACACCGUCCCCCUGUCCAUCAAGCUCAAGGAGCAUCCGGUGUUCCUGAUCUUCAUGCAGCUGGCUGUGAUCUCCAUCUUCAAGUCUUACCCCACGGUGGGAGACAUCGCGCUCUACAUGGCCUUCCUCCCGGUCUGGAGUCACCUGCACAGAUUCUUGAGGAACAUCUUCCUGGUGUCCUGCGUCCUGCUCGCCUGCUCCGCUCUGUUCCCGGUGCUCUGGCACCUCUGGAUCUACGCCGGCAGCGCCAACUCCAACUUCUACUACGCCAUCACGCUGCUGUUCAACGUGGCGCAGAUUCUGCUGGUGUCUGAUUACUUCUACGCCUUCUUGAGGAGGGAGCACCACCUCAGCCACGGCCUGUACCUGAAGAGGAAAGACGGCUCCGAGGCCACACUGGUGCUGAAGUAGAAACACUGGCUCGUCGCCUCCUGCAGGACGGAGGAGGAUCGGCCGGAGGCCUCGCUUUGGUCCUCAAAGGGAACAAACGGAGGAGGAUCAGAGACCUCCAGAGACCUCCAGAGUCCUGGUCCUCAGGAAGUCUGUCUGGUACGACGUUGUGUGCAAAGAAGUCGACGGACAGAUGUGACGUAGAAAUCCAACAAACGACAACUCGACAUCUCUGUUUCCUGUUUCUCCUCUGGAGCGCUCUUAUUUUGAAGCCUCGCCUCUUUACCUUGAACCUGCUGGCUGCAAAGGGGGACCUUUUUUUAUUUUAUUUUGAAGUCUUCUUACUUUGGGCAGCUUUUAUUUUGUAGCACCAGCUCUCCCGAGGCUCUCUGAAGAUGAGCUCGUCCCUGGUUCCCUCGCACGUUUUUGUUUGUGUUUCAUGUUUACCGGAUUAUAUUUGUGGUGGGGAAAUAUUUUAUUGUCUGGAAGCUUCGUCUGAUCUUUAAUGAGCAAAUUCCACAUUUUCAGUGUUGCACGUCUGACAAUGACAACAACAACAACAACAACAACAACAACAAGCGUGUUUCACCAGCUGGCCGACUUGUUCUUUAAAUUGAGAACUCAAAAGAUGACAUGAACCAUGUUUUCAAGUAGGAAACUGUUUUUUACCACUCUGUCUGACGGGACUCAAACGCCUCAUUCUACCUGUGUGUCCAAACAGGAAGUACCACUCGUGUACAUUUAACUCCUUAAUGGUAUGCUUAUUUUACCGUGUGAUACGAACAGGAAGUUCAGGAAAAUAUCUCUAAAGAUCAAAUCUUCAAUUGUUUUCUUCUGCAGUUUAUUUAGGUUUCUUGUGUUUUCUUUUUGCAAUGCAUUGUGGGGGAAGGUUGUCCACUCUGACUCUUUGAGACAUGCUGCUUUGGAUUAGUGUGACAACAAAGACUGAACAGGAAGUUCAUGUUUUCCUUCAGUAUAAACUAUUUAAAACAGGAUUUAACUCGCUCCCUUAAAAUAAGCCUUAAACAGCCUCUUUCUAAUAUUUUACAGAUUAAUGUUUUUUUUCUCAUAAUUGUACAAAUAAUUAUCAUUUGCAAGAAAUCUCACAGAGUGAUCCAGUAAAGUUACUCCUUCAUCGGCGGUUAAUUAUUUUGGUGAAAUGACGGACGAAACUCAAACAAUAACCGUUUUAAUCCACUUUGAUGCCAACGAGUGAAAAGAUUUGUGAUAUUUAUUUAUUGGCUGCACUGAAAACUAUUUUUCUUUGAUUCUUUCAGUUGUAAUUCUGUUUUUGAUACUGUACAUACGAAUGGGUUCUGUUUUUGUUACAGAUAAUAAAAUGCAAAGGUUUAAUGGG